AGGUGAUCUGUAAAUGUGAGGACGUUGAAAAGGAUCCACUCCACUCAGUCGAACGGUGGCAGUGACAGAUAUAGAAGCAGCCGUAGAACCUAGCGGACGUCUGGAACCGCACACAUGGACGUCUCCGAGAGUCCGGCCGAGGACGAGUCCGGCAGGUCCGAGGCCAACGUGGAGUACAGGGGAGCCCACCAGGCCUUCAGGGACCGCUGGAAGGAGACCGACGACAGCAUGUGCCGCCACAGCAUGACCUUCCACCUGCACCACGCCCUGAGGAGCGAGUUCUUCGCCAGUUACCUGUACCUGGUGGAGAAGAUCCCACUGGUGAAGCUGUUCCCCGUCACCUGUGAGUACAUUAAAGGAGAGAAGCAGUUCUACUACCGCGCCCAGAAGUUCUACGAGGACGUCCCCGCCUCCGAGGAGGGCAUGAUGGGAGACUUUGUGGAGAUUUCCAAUGUGGAUCUGGAAGGUUCCAGACAGUUCCUGAAGAGGUUUGUGGGUCCUGGUAAAGCCGGUACACACUGUGCUCUGGACUGUGGCAGUGGGAUCGGCAGAGUGUCCAAAGGCGUCCUCCUGCCGGUGUUCGAGAAGCUGGAGCUGGCCGACAUGAUGGAGCACUUCCUGCUCCACGCCCACGAGGAGUACCUGGGCGAGGACGCCGACCGCGUGGAGACGUACUACUGCUUCAACCUGCAGGAGUUCACCCCCCCCAAGAACAAGUACGACGUCAUCUGGAUGCAGUGGGUGGCAUGUCACCUGACAGACAAAGACCUGAUGAACUUCCUGUUCCGCUGUCGGAAGAGUCUCCGCCCCAACGGCGUCAUCAUCCUUAAGGACAAUAUGGCGCGUCAGGGCUGUAAACUGGACCCCAUCGACAGCAGCAUCAGCCGCCACCUGGACAUCAUGAAGGUCAUCAUUGCCAAAGCCGGGCUGGAGAUCCUGGCGGUGCAGCAUCAGGAGGGCUUCCCCGAGAUCAUCAUGCCCGUGUGGAUGAUCGCCAUGAAGCCGGUCUGAGGCGGGUCCGGUCUGAGGACCAUCCGGUCCGGAGCUGGGAUCGUACCUUAUUCAACUCAGUGUGAUGAAGAGUGUGAAGCUGCAGCGGCGCUCAGACGUCUCCGUCACGUCACCAGCAGAUAAAUCCUCAAACGCAGCGUGGGCCGCCUCACGGCACCAUGGGAGAUUUUAUGGACAACAACAUUUUUUCUGCUCAGCACACGAAUGAAAUAAAGCUUUUAGCAGAACGUUAAAGUGGGAGCGUCUUCAAACCACAGGAUGAUUUAGUGAAGAACACCAGAAGAACACGAAUGUGGACGCACAAGUGGAUUUAAGGGAAAAGAGAAAAACAAGGAACCACCAUCAGGAAAAACCAACAGUAGGAAGAGUGGGACGAUCUAAGGUCAAAGGUCAGAGGAGAUGAGGGCAUUUUUACCAAAGUCAACAACGAUCCAACCAAACAGGAAAGAACAGAACCGUCCAAACACGCCAUAAGGUCAACCACGAAAAGUGGCUACAGAAGGAUUUCGUCCCCACGUCUGGGCACUACUUUUCAAAUGCAUUUUUGUUUCGACUGUACCCUCAUGGACUUUGGGUUCAAAGUUCUCCACAAUAUAUCCUGCAAGUCAUAAAUCUAUAUGAGUAUAAAAUUUAAAAACAAAAAUU